AUGAAUCGACGUGAAAGACGACGUAAGCGGGAGCGUGAAAUUCUACCACCCGCGCUUUCGGCUCUUAUCACAUGCAUUUCCCCACAAACUGACCCUGCCGCGCCCUUGCGUUACCUGAAGAGCUUCUCAAAACGAGAAUUGGUUGACGUUGACGAAGAGGACUGCGUCUACGUGCUUGAGGGAGAUGGAUUAAAUCGACUAUGUGAGGGGCUUGGGAACGGGAUAUGCGCCAAAGAUCUGUUAGCCGUUGCUCGUCGUGCGCCGCGCAGUCAAUCAACACUUGAGAAGAUCGAUGUGACAGAGUUGUGCUUUGCGAUUGCUCAGGUCAUUGCUCCAGUGAAUGUGCACGAACGGCGACGAAAUGUUGGGAGCACGGAACCUUUGGAUGAAAAUGCUCCGCUCAUUAAGUACUACUCAAAGGGUCGUUUUGCCUCUCUCUUGGAGUGUGUCAACACAGAGGAUGCCCAAAUUGAGUGGCAGAGGUUUAUUGCUUGCAUUUCUUCACCACUUCCAAUGACUUUACGUGUACACCGAAAUGAACGGGCUUUAAAGCAUAUUGCAGAUGAGUUUUUGUUACAUGACCCGAUGCUGCGUGAGGUGGUGCAUUCCGUAUCUCCCUUGCUUCCUCCCAGUAUAGGUCUCUACGGUUGUUCUCAUGCCGUUUACCACACAGAACCUCGGGUUGAGUAUAUUUGUCGAACAUUACACGCCGCCAGCGCGGUGUCUUUCCAGGAGGCUGUGUCGGUUCUUCCAGUUAUGGUGGCGGAUAUCCAUCCGCAUCACGCGGUUUUGGACAUGUGUGCUGCACCAGGAAGCAAAACACUACAUGUACUUGAUGAGAUGCUGCAAUACGGUUGGUCCACAUCUUCUGUUUCGCAGGGUGUAUUCUUUGUAAAUGAAAAAGAUCGUAUUAAGGCCACCCAAAUAUUGCCUGCUCGUUUAAAGCGUUUUCAUGCGCCAAAUGUGAUUUGCACCCGUUGUGACGCCUCGCAAUGGCCACGACUGUUUUAUUCUUUUGAACGAGGAUCUUCAUUUGCAGAGAAGCGAUUUGACCGUAUUAUUUGCGAUGUUCCAUGUAGUGGGGAUGGCACAGUUCGCAAGGAACCAGCAUUGGCGAGUUCUUGGAGUCCUGGAUAUGUCAAAUCACUUGUGCCAACACAAAAGGCACUGCUGCGACGUGGAUUGGAUCUUCUCAAGGAGGGUGGGAUUCUUGUUUACAGUACGUGUAGCAUGAAUCCAAAGGAAGACGAGGAAGUUGUGUGUGCGGGCUUGGAGUUAUUUGGAGAUACCGUGGAGCUUCUUGAUGUUAAUGCCAUUUUAAGAGAAAAGGGUGCGUUGCUACACUCUGUUGGUGGCAUUUUAUCUCCCAACGUUGACCAGUUGCAAAUAGCCACGUUACCUUUGACGUUUGAUGGCCGAAAGGUUUUACGUGUUUUGCCCCAUCGUGAUGACACAGGUGGGUUUUUUGUUGCCGCUUUUCGUAAGCGAUCGUUGCCAGAUUGGGCCCCUCCCUUGUUGCUUCAGGAGAAGCUGAAUCAUUGGACAAAAGGGAAGUUUUGGGCCCCCGUAGGCAGAGAUGAUCCUGAAUGGUGUAAUAUCGUUGAGUUCUACGGGAUCAAUCCGAAUUGCUCUGGCACCUUUCAAUACUACAAUUCUACAUUGGAGAAAAAGGAGGAGAACGUAGUGGGCUCCGGUCUCGUGCCUCUCUACCAUUUGAACCCCAAUGGUGCUGCGUGUCGGCGGAUUGUUCUUGUGACGGUUGCCACCGCUCGCAUGCUCUUUGAGACGCGGCCAUACAAAGGCCCUGGUGUGGAGAUUGUCUCCGUGGGUUCUCGCGCCUUUGAGGCGUACGAUGGAAAAUUUCUUUUAAAUGCAAGGUGCCGCUGGCGGGUGGUUGUUGAAUCCGCCUCAUAUCUCGCCUCGUUUAUGCGAGCGCGUAAGAUAGUACUGAAUGCGACCCAUCACCCGGAGCUUAUACGUGAAUUGUUUUCGAACGGAUUUAUUUGGUUACGGGAUUAUUGGCAUGUCAUUUUGCGUCAGGUAUCCGUUGCUGCUUCUAAUACCACUACUACUGCCAAUACUUUGACCAGCAAUAAUAAUAAUAAUAAUAAUAAUAAUAAUAAUAAUAAUAAUAAUAAUAAUAAUAGUAUUGGUAAUAAAGAGACUUAUUCGGGUGAUGCCGCGGAGGUUUUUACCUCGUUUGUUCGCAGUGAUGGGCCACUUUACGAGCUUCUCAGAUCCAAGGGAUCGACGGAGUCAUUGACGCAAGAAAUUUGUCCCCUGUUCGCGGAAAACGUGUUGGUUGGAGGAGUUCUUGUUGGUCUUGUGGGUGGCAAGUUGGCAGGUGAAGAAGGCCCGUGGUGGCUUAGCGCGACAAUCAGUAGCUCAAAACUUGAGCUAGCGGUGGAUGUCUCACUUCGCACGUUUGGUCUUCUUGUUUUUUUGGGUUUCGAUACAAAUAAUACCAUGCCAGGGGUUAGGGUCCCUAUCGCAAAGUGA